CUCAGAAGAAGGCAUUACAGUGUUCCGGGACCAAAUUACAUUUGGCACCUGGACUCCUAUGAUAAACUCACACCCUUUGGCAUCGGAGUUAAUGGGUGCAUUGAUGGUUUCUCACGCCAUAUCAUCUGGAUGCAAGCGAACGUCACAAACAGUAAACCUGAGGUUGUUGCAGCUUAUUUCAUCGGUGCUGUCAGUGAGCGGGGCGGCUGCCCAAAAAUAAUCAGGUCGGAUCUCGGUACCGAGAAUGUGCAUGUGAACAGAUUCCAGUGUUUUCUGCGCGAGGAUGAAAAUGGCACAGUUCAUGGACCUUGUGUCCUUCAAGGAAGAAGUACUGCCAAUCAAAGAAUUGAAAGCUGGUGGGGAAACUAUCGGAGACAGAAUGCAGAAUACUGGAGAGACUUGUUCCAGGAGUUCCAGUCAGUGGGCGACUUCAAUGGUGAUAUGGCUGACAAGGGACUGAUUCAAUUCUGCUUCCUUGAUGUCAUUCAGGAGGAGUUAGACACUGUGGUGACAAUGUGGAAUACCCAUCGGAUCCGACCAGGUGGAAAUGGCAGUGACUUGUAUCAUGGAAAACCUUUCCUCAUGUAUCAUGCACCAGAGCUUUACCAGGCACAGGAUUACCUCCAUCCAGUGGACUAUGAAAGACUGGACAUCAUUCUGGAAGAGGAUGUUUGCCUUUGGAAAACUGACAUUACCUGUGAUUCAGACCUUCAUGAGCUCUGUGUUUUGACAAUGGAAGAGCAUAAUCUUGAGCCAGGUCAUAAUGCUGUUGAAGCUACCAGACUGUACAGACUGCUGAGGCCCUUGAUAAGAGCACAGCUGUCAGAGCCAGAUGAUUAAUCAGAUCCAAGAAUGGAAUGGCAGAGAAAUUUCUUGUCACCUCUGAGCAAUGGUGGAAAAAGUAUUCAGUACCAUAAGUAAAAGUACCAAUACAGCAAUGUAAAAAUACUGUACUCCUUCAGUAAAAGUACAUAAGUAUUAUCACACACACACUUGAUGUAGUUUAUUGCAGUAGAAGCAGUGGUUUGGUUUGAAGUUGUUUUGUAAAAUUGAAACUGCCAUGUUGUCUUGGAUGUUGGAUGUUGUUGUCUCACCAAAUAUGAUUUGACUGUGAAAUGAGAAGAUUAACAUCAUAUUUAAAUUUGAUAAUCGGUUUAAUGCAAAAUAUUUGAAUACAAAAAUAACGUACAAAAAUAAUUACAA